UAAGAGGAGGAAAGGGUGUUAGCAAGACCUAAGACCUUUUUGGAAAAAGAGGAGAAGCUGUAGGGUUUGGUGAAUGAGAAGAAAGGUGCGCUCUUGGACCAAGGGAGUCUCAGGAGUUGCGAGUCUCUGAAUUUUUGCGCUCUUCUAGUUGGUUGCUAUUUGCAAGUCAUGGCAUUUGUGGAGACAGUAAUAUCCUCAGCUGGGUUCAACCACUUGCAGGAUGUACAAUCUGAACUUAUCCAGUGGUGGAAACAGGAGGAUUCUUUAAGUCAUUCAUCUCUGGGGCUCUUGGAUGUGCCCCAGCCUGAGGGAGUUCAGCAGAUCAAGCAAGAAUAUGAAGCCUACUGGGAUGUUGACUUCCUCAUGAGAAACUUCUCUGCCUCGGAGCCAGCCGCUGCUAGUGCUACUUGGGUUGGCCAAGAGGAGCAGCCUGCAGUGUCCACUGCCUGCCUUCCAGUAACCACUGAGGAGGGAACGAGAGGCAGGCUACCCAGAACCAACAGAGGGGUGCCCGAUGCUCCUUGGGCACCAGGUUUUGACACCAAACUCCAAGCAGGAGAUAGCUCUGUGAACUAUGUUCCUCCUGGCCUUCACGGAUAUGCCCAGAAUGUGAUGGAUCCAAAUAAGAGCCUAGCAUUGUCCAGUGAUCAUCCGCAGCAGUUCCUUGCCCAGGGAGAUUCUGGGGCUUUUGCUCCCACAGGACAGCACCACGGAGAGCCAAGACAGAGAGUUCAUGGGCAGUACUACCAACUGACCUAUGUACACCCAGGUCCCUCUUUGCAGAGCAAACAUGGAUCUCACAGUCAGCUUCCACCGGCGCAAUCCCAGCUGCCGCACUGCAGUAUGCUGAGCAGCUGUUUCCCUACCUACCCUGGCCACUACCAAACCACAUUCCAGCUUUACCAGGCAGAUCCAGCUGUGUCUACAUCAUCCCUUUACAGCAUCGUGACGCCUCCCUUGCCUGCCAAGGAAGCCACAGGCAAGCCUAAGAAAGGACACAAGUCUUCAUCCCGCAAGCAGCCUGCCAGCCACAUCUGCAAUUAUCCCAAGUGUGGGAAAACUUACACCAAGAGCUCCCAUCUCAAGGCCCAUCUUCGCACUCACACAGGUGAGAAGCCAUACGCAUGCCAGUACGAAGGGUGUGCUUGGAAAUUUGCCCGCUCCGAUGAGCUGACUCGCCAUUAUCGCAAGCACACUGGGCAACGCCCUUUCACGUGUCCAGUCUGCGAGCGCGCUUUCUCCCGUUCGGAUCACCUCUCUCUCCACGUGAAGAAACACGGGUAGCUGAUGCACAAACCCUGGACUGCAGUGGGCAUUCUGGGCCAACAGGAGGUCUUGAAGAAGAGGGUGGUAUGGGUGGGUCGCUGGGUAACUGCAGGUGUAAGCCUUUCUCUCCUUGUAGCCCCUUGUCCUUUGCAAGUGCUGUGUUCUGCAUCUGUGGUAGGGAACUAAUUAGGCCUGGCAGGGGUCCUAAUCUGGCCAGCCAGGCCACUUCCCCCCAAACUAUGUUCAUCUCAAUGGAGUGGCAAUUAAAGACAUGGCUGGGAUUGGCUGCACUAGGGAGUUCUGGGGCAGCUUCUCUCUGUGCUGAUCAGACUGGCGGAGUAACAUUCUGCCUCCAACUGGGUCAAGUUUGCCACUGUCCUAUAUGUACUGAUUUCUAUGAAAUAAAGCCCAAGCCAUUGCAGAACGAUAGGGGUAACAACUCAUCUACGUAUCUCAAAGGUGAGGAAUCUGUUGCCCUUCAGAUGUUGUUUGGCUAAAGUUCCCAUCAUACCACUGCUUGUUCCGGUUUACCCUUGGGUCCCAAGGGUAAUGGCUCAUGGGAAAUAGAAUCUUCUCCCUGCAUUUUGCUUUUCUUACCCAGUCGUCUUCCAUGCAGACCACUGUCUUCAGUCCCCCCCAAAAUGUUCUUGUAGCUCCGGCUUGCUUAUACAUGUUGAGUUGGCGCCCAAGGGAUGUGGGCACCCUGAGGCAACUGCCUCCUGUGGGAAAGUGGAGUAAUAAUAGUACCCUCUAGGGUCAAAGCCCACAGCUUUCUUUAUUAAAAUUAAU